UCUCUGUGUCUGUCUCUGUGUCUGUCUCUGUGUCUGUCUCUCUGUGUCUGUCUCUCUGUCUCUGUCUCUCUCUCUCUGUCUCCAGGUGUUUAAGUCUAAGUUUCAGAACUGGGAUGAUGUCCUGAAGGUGGACUACACCAGAGCAGCUGAGAGUGUAGAGCAACAGCAAGGAUUACAGGGGAAGGUCAAGAAGGAUGCUGAGAAGAAAGACGAGAUGAAGGCUGACCUCACCGCCCUCUUCCUCCCCAGACAACCCCCCAUGGUCCUCACUGAGGCAGAGCAGAUGAUGGAGGAGUGGAAUGAGGAUCUGGAUGGAAUGGAGGGAUUCGUGUUGGAGGGGAAGAAGUUUGCUCGUCUGCCGGAGGAGGAGUUUGGACACUUCCACACACAGGACUGCUACGUCUUCCUGUGCAGGUAUUGGGUGCCAGUAGAAUACGACGAUGAGGACAAGGACAAGAGAAGAAGGAGAGGACACGGCCACCACGGAGGAGAGGAAGAGGAAGAGGAGAGGGUGGAGGAAGACUUCCAGUGUGUUGUGUAUUUCUGGCAGGGCCGGCAGGCCUCCAACAUGGGCUGGCUCACCUUCACCAGACUCUGCAGAAGAAGUUUGAGAGUGGUCCGUAUGACUCAGCAGCAGGAGAACCUCAAGUUCCUGUCUCACUUCAAGAGGAGGUUCAUCGUUCAUAAAGGGAAGAGGAAACAGAAGAUCGAUGCCGCCCAGCCCUCCCUCUACCACAUACGCACCAAUGGCAGCGCUCUCUGUACCAGGACCAUCAGAUAA